UGAUAUCAUUCGCCUUCUUGACCUAUGGAUCUUAUUUGUAUGAUGCUAGGUCAUGAAGCACCCCAUUUUCCUUGACGCUGUUCUGACGAUGCGGAUCUGAUUCGUAGGGUACCAGGUGCACGAAGUUCGAGUCACUGUCUCCAUGCCUUGGCAAAUAGGGGAAAGAAGUCUUCCUGAUCCUCGGCAUCUGAAACACAGGAAUAUUCAUGGGCACGCACAAGCGUAAUAUAAAGGUAAUACUGGGGCGUCACUGUGGUAAGUAACACCUCGCCCGUGUCUCUCCUCACCGGUCUGCCAGGAUGCCGCUCUGGCAGCUCCCAGUCACGCAAAGGGAAACCAUUACUUGUAUAGAUGACAUGGGCAAUCCCAAAACACACGGUCCAGAGCAGAGAUAUGUCAGCCCUACCACUGGGGUCUGUCGAAAACUCGUCGUGCAAGCCGUCAAUCGCUCUGCGCCAUCCGAAGUCGCCAUCAGCAACCACACCAGCCAGGUGUCCAAACUCGCCGUAUGGCUAGUAGCUACUCCCAUCAGAGGAUGGGUCAUUUUCAAAUGGGUCGGCGUAUGGUUGUGGUUUACGUUGAAGCUCUUCUGGUCGCUCAUUUGGUCGGUCAUCAGCCUGCUCGUGCAGCUUUUCUCUACCAUCGACUUGCCGGAUGACUCUGGAGAUGAUAAAGAGUUGUAUAACACUGGAUACUACAAACCUUAUGUUCGUGACUUCCAGGGUCAGCUAUGGGCAGCUCGUUCACCCAAGGAAUAUUCUUCGCGCGUUAUCGAGGAGGGUGAGAUGGAUAUCCCCACGCAUACUCUUUAUCCCCGACUUCUCAUAAUCCGCGACCCGAGUCGAAAUCAGUGGGUUCCAUGCACAGAUCGCGAGACCAUCAUCCGCACCAAAUUCAUCGCCAUCUCUUACCGCGCCGUCGAUGCCUUCACUCGAGGCCCAAAUAUGGAGAAGGAAAAGGCGCAGUUUAAAGACGAGGUUCGUGCAGCGGUGCUCGAACAGAAAUUCAAUGCAUAUUGGCUUGACCUGGAGUGUGUGGGGGAGACUCCGUUGGAAAAGAAUCUGGAUCUGUACUGCAUGACGGACGUCUACCGGGGAGCACAGUUGACCUUGAUCAUGCUCGGCAAAGCUGCGGCUGGUGAGAGCGAGUGCUGGAGGGGCUGGGGCGAACGUGUGUGGACACUGCCCGAAGCCCUCCUGAGCUCUCGCCUUUGCUACAAGUUCAGGGAUCGGGACGAGGUUACGCCGUUGUCGUUGUUCGAGCUGGCUAACCUGGCCUAUACGAACUACGACAUAGAACAGGCAGUCAUCAAUGCGUACAGCGGAAAGGAUCCACUUGAGAGGCUGGAACGCUUGACGCUGUUGAAAUCAGCUAUAUGGCGGCGCGGUACAGCAGCUCUACCAGUAAACUCUGCCACUCCACCCCCGCCGAAGUUGGAUAUGAUAGGCGAAAACCCUGUCACCAACGGGGCGUACAGUGCGGAGCGGGUGUAUGCGCUCAUGGGCUUUUUUGAGCACCGCAUUCAACCGAACCGCUCAGAGGACGACUUGCGCGCCCUCGUUAGGUUAUCAAUGGCCAAUGACAACGACCGCAUCAUUGAGCGCAUGGUAUCCAUGUUGCCUUCGACUAUCACCGAGACGGCGUGCUGGUACGCUGACGAUGAUAUCCACCGUGCCAAUCUCUGGGAUAUUCUCCCGGAGAUCCAAGUUGCUGGUGUGACGAAGAGCGGAGCCCUCGUGCUUGAUGGAUGUAAGGUAGCAGCUAUCAGAUGGAAGGAUUUCCCAGAAAUUGCAUUUGAUACCUCAGAUUCGCUGAGGAGGACACUCGUCGGUUUCUUUGCGUAUCUCGCCUGGCCGUGCCUCAUUGUUGGGCUAGCGAUUUCGACGACCAAUCGAACAGGAAGUAUUGUGCUCAUCGUCAUCGGAAUCGUGUUCCUGUGUCUUUCCCCCAGACUGUUCCUUUUCAGUCAAUCCGGGCGUAUCGUCGCCGCGCAACCGUGGUUCAUCGGGGUCAAAGGAGUGAUCGACGUCGCAGAGGUAGAGAGACACCUUUAUGGGGGUACCGUUGCCGGACACCUCCCAAGGAUGUCUUACACGCCGAGCGGGUCACAGUUCUCGAUUCCAGAACAAAACACGGUACGGGGAGGUAGAGACAUACAAUAUGGAUCGGCGAUUCUAGGGAAUAGUGGACCCCAUGCGGGACACGUGUUCACGCUCAUCGACACGUGCUCAUCGACGAUGUACUAUUUCCGUGCGGAGCGACCACCGACUGUGUGUAUAUUCACAGGACGAGAGGGAGGGCUUGGGAGGUUUGUGCUGUGCUCAGAGAGGUGCAGUAUCAAUGAGCUGCACAAGGAAAGCGUGUUGAGGAUGCCGACGGAGAUCAGUCAGAAGAUGGAGUUGUGUGGUUGGAUAGCCCUUGGAUGAUACAUUUCCGCUACAGCAGUCGUAUUUCUUUUUUUUGCACGUGCUUGGUUUCUUUCGCUCGUCCAUGUCUUCCACCUACUGCCAAGUACUCGGUUCCUAUGCUAAUAUUCCUACUAUUGUACGUACGGGUCUAUGGUUUGCUCCCCGAAUCUAAGCUGAUC